UCAAUCGCAAUGUUUGAAUGGCCUUCAACUUCAUCAUUACCCUUCUCUAAUUUGCCACAUCUUUUGAUUGUAGAUAAAGAAACUGGGAAAUGAUGAAUUGACACAUUGCAUCUAAGGCAUGCCUAAACAGCAGGCCCAUAAAUUCCUUCUGAGCCCCACGAGCAAAGCUCUAGAAAAGUAAUAUUCCUAUUAACUUUACAGCCCUCCAAAUAUUCUCAAUGGAAUUUGUUCCUCCAAUGCUUUAUGGAAAAGCCUUUUCUCUUGCACUAUAAGAAUCAAAGACACCACCAUGACUGUCUCCAACCCCACGAUCUCAAAAUCCUGUAUAGUUUCUAUAGAUGUCGCAAAUGACUGGUCGCAAACAGCUUGAAGUUCUUAGAGAAGAACAUACAUCAAACAGAUGGUGUGUCUCACUCAGAGACGAUGUGUUCAAAAAUUUCAUGUCCCAGGGCAAUCCAACAGUACAAAAGGUUUUUGGUGAUGGGUCACUGUUCAGUCCUUUCCUGUUUGGAAAAUUUUUUGACCCUUCUGAUGCUUUCCCACUUUGGGAAUUUGAGUCAGAAGUACUGCUAUCUAAUCUCCGGAGCUCGGGCCAAACCACUGUGGAUUGGUUUCAAACAGAGCAAGAUUAUGUACUAAAAGCAGAACUACCAGGCAAUGGAAAAAACUGUAAUGUUCAAAUAUAUGCAGACAGUGAGAAAGUUGUGGAAAUUAGUGGGCAAUGGAAGCAGCAGACCAGAGAGUCCAAAAUGGAGUGGAGAAGUGGGAACUGGUGGGAAUAUGGGUUUGUCAGGAGGCUUGAGAUGCCUGAAGAUGCUGAUUGCAGAAGAAUAGAGGCAUAUGUGACUACUGACAUGGUUUUUGAAAUUAAAAUAGCCAAGAAAACUUUGGGUUCUGAUCAUCCAAAUAAAGGAAAGGAUGUAUCGAUUGCAACAAAAAAUUCUGAAGCAGUGUAAGUAGAGAAGAACAUGCUGCUAAUCACUGCCAUAUUUUGACACUGAAAAAUCUAUCUCAUACAGUACUAUAUAUUAGACAUGCAACAUAUAGACUCUUUUAUGAGAGUUCCUGAUAAGAUAUCAAA